AUGUGGCUGACAAAAUCUGGUUUCCAAAAUUUUGCUGCCCAAGUAAUUGUUUUUCCGACCUGAUUUUAUUUAAAUUGCUGACCAUGUUUAUAGUUUUAUCUUGCCUUUUAAAUUUCUGUUUGCUAGUAGUAGUUCUAGACUUUUAUGCUUACCAAAUUUUAAAAUGGCAUGCCAAUUAAAUAAUUCCAUAUAUUUUAUUAGGGAUUGAAGCGAAACCCUGCGCAGAAACUAGUAAAUGUUUGCACAUCAACACUAUAAAAGUUUUAUUGCAAAAAUUCUGACUGUAAAUGGCAAAAUGUAAUAUUACUUACAAAUAGCUAUUGCUUUACCACUCCAGUAAUCCAAUUGUUUGAAGCGAUCAAUAUCAAGCCAUGUAAAAUAUUAUUGACAUUUAUAAUGGAAAUUUGAGAAGUUAUGGACAAGUUAUGAACUGGUUUUUAGUGAAAUGUGUACUAAUAUUUAUAAUAACUGGCACGCUGGCCGACGAACUAGAAAAACAGAAGCAGUCCUUCGUCGGCCUAGCUCGUAUAGUGCACAUCGGCGCCACAGCCGAGGAUAUCAUACGGGCCCUUACUGAGGAGGUGUUCAAGCAGGAAGAGGGAGACAGGGAGGUGCCGAGGUACUUUGAAAGAUACGACACGCCAUUUGCGAACAGUAUGACAGAUGUGUUCCGUCGCAAAGCCAUGGAGAAAAAUGGCUACUCGUCUUCAGACGCGCUGGGAAUAUGAUUUAGUUGGCGGUUCGUCGUUGUGGAAGACUUGAGACUAACAUAGAAUGAGAAAUUAUAAGCACCAAAAUAUUGGAAUAGCACACAUUAUUAGGUACAACAUCC